AUUAAAAAAUUAAAAAUGCGUCUGGGCCAGACUAUGCCAAACUUCAAGGCGGAGACCACCAAGGGUCCGAUUAGCUUCCACGAAUGGCAGGGCAACUCCUGGGUGGUGCUGUUCUCGCAUCCCGCCGAUUUCACGCCCGUUUGCACCACGGAGCUGGGCCGCAUUGCGGUGCAUCAGCCGGAGUUUGCGAAGCGCAAUGCUAAGUGCCUGGCGCACUCGGUGGAUGCGUUGAACUCGCAUGUGGAUUGGGUGAACGACAUCAAGUCCUAUUGCCUGGACAUACCCGGCGAUUUUCCGUAUCCCAUUAUUGCUGAUCCCACACGCGAUCUGGCCGUCUCCCUGGGCAUGCUCGACGAGGAGCAGAAGAAGGAUCCCGAGGUGGCCAAGACCAUACGCGCUCUGUACAUCAUCAGUCCCGAUCAUAAGGUGCGCCUCUCCAUGUUCUAUCCCAUGAGCACGGGCCGCAACGUUGACGAGAUCUUGCGCACCAUCGACUCGCUGCAGCUGACCGAUCGCUUGAAGGUGGUUGCCACGCCCGCCAACUGGACUCCCGGCACCAAGGUCAUGAUCUUGCCAAGCGUCACCGACGAGGAGGCCCACAAGCUGUUCCCCAAAGGCUUUGACAAGGUCUCGAUGCCAUCGGGCGUUAACUAUGUGCGCACCACGGAGAACUAUUAAAAAUGUUUUCCAUUUAUUUUCUACUUCUUGGGCCAAAAUUACGCAAUAAUUAUUCCAUUUAUUUUUUAUAAUUAUCCAAAGUUUCUUAUAUAGUUUUGUGUGCAUUAAUAAAUUAGC